GCAACAAAAAUAUUGCCUCCGCCAUCACGUUUGCAUAAACCGAUCCAAUUAUCAGUGCCACAACAACGGCGGACUGAGCAUCAUAUGUUAUCCGACCAGUGUCCGUCAUUAUAUUAACAUCAAUAAAAUAAACGUUGGAGCGUUCAGUGCAUCGCUGAUCGCCAAAGAGUCGCGACGUGCGCGGUCAACACCACGUUCUCAGUUACAAAAUAAAUUCACGUUUUAAUAAGUGUUUCUAUAAGUUUUUGGAAUAUUAUGGCCGAAGGUGACGUGCCAUUAGUCACAAGUUUUGGCGGCAGUGAAAUUGAAUUUGGCGGGAACGGAACGAAGAUGACAAAAGCUAAUUCAAGGAUGUCUACCUUGCUGUUCUGGCAGGGGAAGGGCAAAGCCAACGGGGCGCCCAACGGCAGGACGUGGAUUCAUGCCCCGGACGCCCUUGUCAAGGGACACGUCGCAUACCUCGUCAAGUUCCUAGGCUGCACGCAAGUAGAUCAGCCCAAGGGUAUAGAGGUCGUGAAGGAUGCGAUUAAGAAGCUCCAGUUUACGCAACAACUUAAGAAGUCCGAAGCUAAAGAUGGCGCGAAAUGCAAGAAGGUGGAGAUCACCAUCUCCGUAGAUGGGGUUGCCAUACAGGAGCCAAGAUCAAACAACAUAAUGUACCAGUUCCCGCUCCACCGGAUAUCCUACUGCGCGGACGACAAGGGCGCGAAGAAAUACUUCUCGUUUAUAGCCAAAGGUGGCAGCACUGUCAACGGAAUGAACGGCCAUGAUGGGCCCGCUGAGAAGCACGAGUGUUUCGUGUUUAUUUCUACGAAAUUGGCGUCAGAAAUCACUCUUACUAUCGGGCAGGCUUUCGAUUUGGCUUACAGACGGUUCUUGAACGACAACGGCAAAUACAUCGAGAUGCAGAAGAUGCAGCUGCAGAACAAGAAGCUAGAGUUACAGAUGAACGCGUACAAGAGUCGCUUACAGGAGUUAUCAAAAAUAACGUACAAGGACGAUCUCUCGUCGUACCUGGCUCGCAACAAGCUGUCCGACAUCACCGAGUUCAAGCCGCCACCGGAGCUGGAGAAACAGAUCUCCUCUCUCACUCUCUCCAACGGAUUCGCGAACAUGAAUGGAAAUAACUCUGAGAUGGCUCGCAAUAAAACGGAUGUGACGGAGUUUAAACAACAUCCGGAGUUAGAGAAACAAGUCUCUCUCACACAUAACGGCUUCACGAAGUCUAACGGCAGCAGCGAGAUGGGCACAGACGCGUUGUCAAACAACUCGACAGACACGUUCAACUCGAGUAACGACAAUAACUUGUUGCUGUCGACGCCGCCGCCGCAGCACAACGGGAAACACAACUUCGGCACUGGCAAACUCCUGGGUGAUUUGUCGUCCAGCAAGAACCCAUCAGUGGGCACCAAGCUUGAGGGACUGCUGCUCAAUUCUGACUCAGACAGUGACUUCGACCCGCGCGCCUUCGAGAGCGAGGCGCCGCGCUUCCCCGCGCCGCAACACGACCUCACGCUCGCCUCGCCGCCGCCGCUCUUGGCGCCCCCACCAAAAGCGUCUAAACGUCAAACAGUUCAGCCCCCCGCCAUGAACGGCAGCGACUUAUUCGGUUCGGCGCCAUUUUCCCCGCCGACGCACCCGCCGCCCGCGCUCCCGCCAUUCCCCACCACAAACAAACCGAAUUACGACAUCACGGACUUCAACCUACAAACAUCAGUUUUCAACACGACCUCCUUCACAAACGGCCUCAGUGGAUACGACCCGUUUGACACGCAGAAGGCUGGCAACAUUUUUGGAAACGGAUUCAAUAAUACUUUCAACGGUUUUGGGAAUCUGAGCGAGAAGCAAACUGUUGAGCUUGACAGCAAUUUCAAUGGAUUUCUAGAUAAAACUAUUUCGGAAAUGAAGGACGGAUUCAGCCGGGGCAUCUCAUUUGGAAACGAUGAUUUUUCAAUAGACAACCUGGAUCCCUUGAAGAAAAAUUAAAAUACAACAUUUUUCAUAAAAUUAAAUCGCAUAGUUAAAAUUUAGGUGAAUGAAAACCAUUGUUUUAGUUCACACAGCAUAGUUUAGACAAAUGCAAUAAAAUUAUUAACUUUCAGGAAUGUAUUUGUGGAUAAAAAUAUAGUUUUAAGCGCUGCGUGAACUGAAACGACGUUUUUAACGUAUGUGUUGCCAUGUUAUUGGUUACAUAAUAAUAUUUGAUGCGUUCGUGAUAAUAGAUUAGAUUUAUUCUGCCAACGUUUCCUUCCUAAAUCUUGAAUCUCGAAAUUUAACCAGUAAUAUGACAAAACAUUGAAAUUGUAAUGAAAAAAAGUAUAUAAAUUUUUUUCGGUGAUAUAUUAUGAAUAUAGAAAGCGCGCGAAAUCGCUCAAUGUCAUUCCGAGUGCCUUAAUUAUACAAUAAUACGAAAUUUUUACAAAUAUCUUAAAAAAAAAACAUUUCUCCAAUAGGUUUUUUUAGAAUAAAAAUGUAUUUUGGUAGAGAAAAAUGUAUUUUAGGGGGUAGAGGACCAAAUUUUUAUACAAUUUGAUUUUUGAAUUUGAAGAUUGCCUCAUAUUAUUCUGUGAUAAUUCUUUUCAAGUUGAGGUUCUUCAAAUUGUAUUUAACGUCCAAAAUAUCGACUGAAUCGGGAAUUAUAGGAAUCUAACUGGAUUUGUAAAUAAACUAACAUUGUACACAAGCGUUACAACUGGCAAUGUUGAAAACGAAAUUUAACUGCUUUUUGCAAUAAAAAAAAACUAAAUGCGAAAUCGAUCGAUUUAAUAGUCCGCCAACAAAAGCACAAAACACAAAGUUGCCAGUUAAAAAAUCGUAGUAAUUACGAAUGACAUUGCAGCUACAAGGGCCAACAUUCCAUGAACAUACCUAUUAUAAAAUUAACUAUUUUUACUCUGAUUAUUAUAAAUAAAUGUUUUAUUUUUAAAUGUGUAUGAUAGUGUUCGUAAAACUGUUGUAUUGAAUAUGUGUCAUUAGUGUUAAUGUUUUAGUAUUGUCUACGCUAAUGUUACUGUAAGGCCAAAAAAUAUACAUAAUUGUGUAUUUUCAAUAAUAAAUUUAUAUUUAUAAUA